AAAAGGAGACGGAGCAGAAGUCGGGAGAUAAAGGGGGAGAAGGAGAUCGAGAAUCUGCCCAUUACCUUGCGCCCGCCAGCCGGAACUGUAGCUUUUCUGCUCAGCUCUGCCCAGGGCUAGUGGCCGAGGCCGACUCCAGCUAUGGCCUUCGCAAAUCUACGGAGAGUGCUUAUCAGUGACAGCCUGGACCCUUGCUGCCGGAAGAUCCUGCAAGAUGGAGGGCUGCAGGUGGUAGAGAAGCAGAACCUGAGCAAAGAGGAGUUGAUAGCCGAGCUGCAGGACUGUGAAGGCCUUAUUGUCCGCUCAGCCACCAAGGUAACCGCCGAUGUCAUCAAUGCAGCAGAGAAGCUCCAGGUGGUGGGCAGGGCUGGCACAGGCGUGGACAACGUGGAUCUGGAGGCAGCAACAAGGAAAGGUGUCCUGGUCAUGAACACCCCUAAUGGGAACAGCCUCAGUGCUGCCGAGCUUACCUGUGGGAUGAUCAUGUGCCUGGCCAGGCAGAUUCCCCAGGCGACGGCCUCGAUGAAGGAUGGCAAGUGGGAGCGGAAGAAGUUCAUGGGAACAGAACUAAAAGGGAAGGUCCUUGGAAUUCUUGGCCUGGGCAGAAUUGGGAGAGAGGUGGCCACGCGGAUGCAGUCCUUCGGGAUGAAGACUAUAGGGUAUGACCCCAUCAUUUCGCCAGAAGUCUCCGCCUCCUUCGGUGUUCAGCAGCUGCCCCUGGAGGAGAUCUGGCCUCUCUGUGACUUCAUCACUGUGCACACCCCCCUCCUGCCCUCCACCACAGGCUUGCUGAACGACAGCACCUUCACUCAGUGCAAGAAGGGGGUGCGGGUGGUGAACUGCGCUCGUGGAGGAAUCGUGGACGAAGGCGCACUGCUACGGGCCCUGCAGUCCGGUCAGUGUGCCGGAGCUGCGCUGGAUGUGUUCACAGAGGAACCACCACGGGACCGAGCCUUGGUGGACCAUGAGAAUGUCAUCAGCUGUCCCCACUUGGGCGCCAGCACCAAGGAGGCCCAGAGCCGCUGUGGGGAGGAGAUCGCCGUCCAGUUCGUGGACAUGGUGAAGGGGAAAUCUCUAGCAGGGGUUGUGAACGCCCAGGCCCUUACCAGUGCCUUCUCUCCGCACACCAAGCCUUGGAUUGGUCUGGCAGAAGCUCUGGGGACGCUGAUGAGAGCCUGGGCUGGGUGCCCCAAAGGGACCAUCCAGGUGGUAACACAGGGCACAUCCCUGAAGAAUGCGGGGAACUGCCUAAGCCCUGCAGUCAUAGUUGGCCUCCUGAAGGACGCUUCCAAUCUGGCGGAUGUGAACUUGGUGAACGCCAAGUUGCUGGUGAAAGAAGCUGGCCUCAAUGUAACCACCUCCCACAACCCUGCUGUGCCAGGGGAGCAGGCCUACGGGGAAUGCCUCCUGACUGUGGCCUUGACAGGUGUCCCCUACCAGGCGGUGGGCUUGGUCCAGGGCACCACCCCUGUGCUGCAGGCACUCAACGGAGCUGUCUUCAGACCGGAAGUGCCCCUCCGCAGGGGCCUGCCCCUGCUCAUUUUCCGGGCUCAGCCAUCCAACCCUGCAAUGCUGCCCACCAUGAUUGGACUCCUGGCAGAGGCAGGCGUGCAGCUGCUGUCCUACCAGACCUCCGUGGUGUCAGAUGGGGAGACCUGGCAUGUCAUGGGCCUCUCCUCCGUGCUGCCCAGCCUGGAGGCGUGGAAGCAGCACGUGACCGAGGCUUUCCAAUUCUACUUUUAACCUCGGGGUUCACUGGUCCCAGCCUCAGGACCUUUUCUGAAGAAACCUGCCCACUGUGGUCUACAGAGAGAGGAGAUCCACACUCCUGGGGCUGACACCUCUUACACUGCAGCAGUCAUUGGACCCCUGUACACAGCAAUAACUCCCUACUAAAGAGCCUAUCCCAAAUCUUG